CGUCUGCUGUGUGCGUGAGGGAGGGAGACCGGCUGCUUCUGCUUCGAGCGAGAAGAAGCUUUGAGGGCUGCGGACCGUGAGGCAGCCCCUCCCCGCCCGGGUGCCAGAAUAACGCUACAUGUUCCCAGCUCAAGAUGGACUAUGACUUCAAGGUGAAGCUGACAGGCGAGCGGGAGCGGGUGGAGGACCUGUUUGAAUACGAGGGCUGCAAAGUUGGAAGAGGCACAUACGGUCAUGUGUUCAAAGCCAAGAGAAAAGAUGGGAAAGAUGACCGAGAUUAUGCUCUGAAACAAAUAGAAGGUACUGGAAUUUCUAUGUCUGCAUGCAGAGAGAUUGCUCUUCUACGGGAGCUGAAACACCCGAAUGUUAUUUCUCUACAAAAAGUGUUCCUCUCCCACGCGGAUAGAAAGGUGUAUCUUCUGUUUGAUUUUGCAGAGCACGACCUGUGGCACAUAAUCAAAUUUCACCGAGCGUCUAAAGCCAACAAGAAACCAGUGCAGUUACCUCGAGGAAUGGUGAAGUCACUGCUGUAUCAGAUUCUAGACGGGAUUCACUACCUGCACGCCAACUGGGUGUUGCAUAGAGAUUUGAAACCCGCUAACAUUUUAGUCAUGGGUGAAGGUCCAGAACGAGGACGAGUAAAAAUAGCGGACAUGGGAUUCGCCCGGUUAUUUAAUUCACCUUUAAAGCCUUUAGCUGAUUUAGAUCCUGUAGUUGUUACAUUCUGGUAUCGAGCUCCAGAGCUGCUCCUAGGGGCCCGACAUUAUACCAAAGCUAUUGAUAUAUGGGCUAUCGGAUGUAUAUUUGCAGAGCUUCUAACGUCUGAGCCAAUUUUUCACUGUCGGCAAGAAGACAUAAAGACUAGUAAUCCUUAUCACCACGACCAGCUAGAUAGAAUAUUUAAUGUCAUGGGGUUUCCUGCAGAUAAAGACUGGGAAGACAUCAAGAAAAUGCCUGAGCAUUCUACACUCAUGAAGGAUUUCCGCAGAAAUACUUAUACCAACUGCAGCCUUAUUAAAUACAUGGAGAAGCAUAAAGUGAAACCAGACAGCAAAACAUUCCACUUGCUGCAGAAACUGCUGACAAUGGACCCAAUAAAAAGAAUUUCCUCUGAGCAAGCUAUGCAGGAUCCAUAUUUUUUAGAAGACCCACUUCCUACAUCAGAUGUGUUUGCAGGAUGCCAGAUUCCUUACCCAAAGAGGGAGUUCCUCACUGAAGAGGAGCCUGAAGAUAAAGGGGACAAGAAAAAUCAACAGCAGCAGCAAGGCAAUAAUCAUACUAAUGGCACCGGGCACCCAGGAAACCAAGAUAACAGCCACGCACAAGGGCCACCACUGAAGAAAGUGAGGGUUGUUCCCCCUACCACUACCUCAGGUGGACUCAUCAUGACCUCAGACUAUCAGCGUUCCAAUCCACAUGCUGCCUAUCCAAACCCUGGACCAAGCACAUCACAACCUCAGAGCAGCAUGGGGUAUUCGACUACCUCCCAGCAGCCUCCACAAUACUCCCAUCAGACUCACAGGUACUGAGCUGUACCCAGAGACCAGGAAACGUCAAUGCACUGUUGCUUGGGCUACAGGACUGCGCUUGUAGCCGCCUGCCUGGAGCCUGGCUUUGGAAUGUACUGUACAACCACACCUUCAAAAUGUCCAAAAGCCAAGUUACACAACAUUUCACAGAAUGUAGAUCCCACGCGGAGGUUUCGACUCGAGAGCGAGAGAGAGCGCGCAAAUCUUUAGCACAGUCGAUAUUGUGAAUUUGCUACUUCCAUAGUAUACUUGAAAAUGGUUUAAAUCGACCAAUGCAUUUAUUUCGGUGAUGCUAGCAGUUGAAGCUGUGAAGUAUGCUUGGAACAAACAGUUUUUCGUUAUAGUACGUGGUGAGUUCUUACCGUUAGAAUAUUUUCUGAUCAAUAUUUUUUCUUUUUAAUUAUGAUCUUUACCAUCAUCAUCGCACAAGGCUGGAACGAACCUAUCCAGAUCAUUAUGGUACCUUUUUUAUUUUGCAUUGUAUACUUUUGCGUGAUGAUGUAGAUCCAUCACAGCAAUCAGUAUUUUUAUUUUAUUUUUCCUUACAUUUUAAUUACCAUCAUUAAACCUCUUCAUUUUUCAGUAUCAACCUCCCAAAGAUUAUAACCUGAAUUUUUGAAUAACUUGACUGGUAUUAAAGCUGCUAUACGAUAGUAAAUGUCUGAAACUGAUUUGAAUCCGUUUGCUCCAGCAAACAAGCAAAAAAAAAAAAAAAAAAAAAAGAAUAAUAAUUAAAAAUAAAAAAUAAUAAAAAAAAAUGGUCCUAUUUUAUUUUUUUCCUCUUGAUGUUGCUGACUUGUGAGCAUGCUAUAGAGUUUUUACAAAGCAAAAACAAUGAGCAUGAGAGUUGCUCGUCGUCAGACGCUGCGUCUUUACAGAUCUUUCUAAGCUGGCUUGGUGUAGUGGAUUUCAAAUCGGUUCCUUAUUUUUAUUUGGUCGGCACCUUACUUUAGGGUGGAUAUUGUUACAUCAGAGGACAUGGGUAGGAAAGCCUUAGAAUUUCCCAGGAGAACAGAAGCUGUAACAUGCAAUGUACUGUAUCAAACUAUUUUACAUGAAUGACAAGUAUUCUGACUAAAAGAUGACAAAAAAUAAUUCAACAUUGUUAAGGCAAGGUGUUAAGUAAUAAAUUUAUUUUUCAUAAAACAAAA